CCGCAUCUUCGCUGCUCUUCAGGUUUGCCCCCAACAAACAGUGCGAGCGCUGCUCCUUCCCUUCCCCCCUCUCUGGUCCUUUCCGUGCCCAACUUGUCCCCCCGGUGCCCUACCUGGAUUCUUUUAUUUCUCAGCUUCACCAACAAAAGCCCGGCCAUCUGCUCGAGGACCGCCACCUUCUCUUCUGCUCUUUACUGGCGCCAGCCCCCUCACACCUCUUCUGCUAGGCUCCUGCCCCGUCGCCAACGGCCCGUCGAGGACAUCGCCGCUUUCUGACUUGCACAGAAGAGCGCCUGCUCUCUGCCCAAUCGAUUCAUCAUGACCGAGGUUUCAAAUACCCGUCUCUAUCUGGGAAACCUCCCACGCAAUGCUACCAAGGCCGAUAUUGAAGCUCACUUUGCGACGCAUGGCACCGGAGAAAUCGUAGAAGUCAAGCUGAUGAACGGCUUCGGCUUUAUCGAAUACAAGGAUCCUAUGGAUGCCCGAGAUGUAGUUCCCGCUUUUCAUGGCUCGACUUUUAUGGGCGAACGAUUGACCGUCCAGUUUGCCCGAGGCACACGACCAAAAGAGACUGGCGGAUACGGCCACCACGAACGCGGACCCCCUCGACCUCGCCGAACGAUUCAUCGGAUGCAGAUUAAUGGCCUCCCAACCGAGACUAGCUGGCAGGACCUCAAGGACUUUGCACGUCAGCCCGGCCUUGACGUUGUUUACUCUGAGACUGGGCGCGAUUCCGAUAGAGGAUUUGUUGAAUACGAAAACGCUGCGGACCUGAAGACUGCCGUGGAGAAGCUGGACAAUACUGAAUUUAAGGGCGUCACUGUCCAGUGCGUAGCCGAUACCCAAACCGAAGUUCCCAGAGAUCGUGGACGGUCUCGAUCACCCGGUCGGCGACCAUUUAUGCCUUCGUACGAUGGAUAUGACCGCCGCGGACCUCCUCGUGGAUACAGCCCUCGCCGUGAAGGACCUCCAUAUGGAUACCGUAACCGUAGCCCUCGACGAGAGUACUACGACGACCGCGGGCCCUACCACUCCCCCCCACGCCGUCCCAUGGCGGACUACAUGGCACCUCCCCCUCGAGGCCGAUAUGAUGAUUACCGCCACGACUACCCUCCCCCUCCUCCACCCGACCCCUAUGCCCAGGAGCGUCAGUACCAUCGACCGCCGAGGGGCUUCCCCCCUCGAGAGGCACCACCCUACCCGCCGCGUGAACCUAGCUACGGAAGAGAUUAUGGACGCGAGGGGCAUUAUUGACGACGUGCCUUGCCAACACUCUCGACUAUCGACAUGUGCUGUGCUCGCUCAAGUUGUACUGCCUUCUAAUCAGCCUUGCGCGUGAUGGAAGGCUACUACUACUGCAUAGUCGGCAUAGCAUUUGGAAGGGUGCGCCAAACCAGCCCAAUCUACCCUUCCAGGUGUAACGAUACUUUGUAUGAAUUCUGC